AUGGUGGGCCUUUGGGAACAGACAGUAGGCCUGCAUGGCUGGAUUAUCGCCUUGUUUUUUCUUCUGGGUUGGUCUUCGGCGCAGAAUGUGUAUUCCGUUUCGGAAGAGGUGGACAGAGGCACGUUUGUCGGAAAUAUCGCAAAGGAUUUAAAUCUUAAUCUACAAGAUUUGGAAUUACGAGGGCUUCAGAUUGCAACUGGUUCUAACAAAGGAUAUUUCCAGGUAAAUUUGAAAACCGGUAUUUUAUAUGUUAAUGAAAGAAUAGACAGAGAGGCGCUAUGUGCGAAUUCGGCGAAGUGCUCUUUAAAUAUAGAGGUUAUACUGAAUCAGCCAAUGCAGCUUCACCGCAUUGAAGUGAAUAUUUUAGAUAUUAAUGAUAAUGCGCCGUCUUUCCUGGACAAAUCAGGAGUUUUGAAUAUACCUGAAUCGUCAGUUUCGGGAGAGAGAUUUUCUCUCCCAAUUGCUAUUGACCCCGACGUGGGCAGUAACUCGGUAAAGACCUACAAGCUGACUCCAAAUGAACACUUCUCUCUGGAUGUACAGAGCGAUGGAGAGCAGAGUCUGUCUGCUGAGCUAGUGCUGCAGAAAGCUUUAGACCGAGAGAAACAGUCUGUGAUUCAGCUCCUACUAACUGCUGUUGACGGAGGAAAACCUCCGAGAUCCGGGACAUUACAGAUCACUGUUAAUGUAAUAGAUGCUAAUGACAACGCUCCAGUAUUCAGCAAAUCUCUUUAUAAAGUCCGUGUAAAUGAAAAUGUAUCGGUUGGAGCAAAAAUAAUCACACUUAAUGCCACAGACCUCGAUGAAGGAAUGAACAGUGAGUUAGUAUAUUCUUUAGUUGAACGAGGGAGUUUUAACCCUUCCGACAUGUUUACCAUUGAUUCGGGAACAGGCGAAAUCACGAUAAAAGGGAAUUUGGAUUUUGAGGAAAACUCUGCCUACGAGAUUCGCGUGCAAGCUCGAGAUAAAGGUGCAACUCCCAGGAGUACACACUGUAAAGUGUUAGUGGAAGUUGUUGAUACCAACGACAACCCUCCAGAUAUCACAGUGACGUCACUUAUGAGCCCAGUAAGAGAAGACGCUCAAAGAGGUACAGUCGUGGCUUUGAUAACCGUGACCGACAAAGACGCUGGAAAAAAUGGACAUUUUAAUUGUAUUUUAAUUGGUCCCGUUCCUUUUAAAUUGCAAUCUUCCUAUAGGAACUACUACUCUCUCGUGGUUGACGGGGCGCUGGAUAGAGAGAGCGAAUUUCAGUACAAUGUCACCAUCAGAGCUACAGAUGAAGGGACUCCUCCUCUUUCCACCAGCAGUGUUAUCACUGUACACGUUUCUGAUGUCAAUGACAACGCGCCGCGCUUUCCUGAGCCAGUGAUUAACUUGUAUUUGAAAGAAAACAGCCCAGUGGGGUCUGUUAUUUAUAUUAUAUCUGCAUUUGAUCCCGAUACGAAAGAAAAUUCUAAACCUACAUAUUCUUUAUUUGAAAGUUCAGCUAAAGGUGUGCCCAGGCCAUCAACGGUCAGUGUGAACUCUGUCAGUGGAGAAAUAUAUACCCUUCAGUCGUUCAACUACGAGGACAUGAAAACAUUGCAGUUGCUAGUGCAGGCAACCGACUCUGGUGUUCCUCCACUAAGCAGCAACGCGACUGUGAACGUUUUUAUCCUGGAUGAGAAUGACAACAGUCCUGUGGUUCUCCCGCCCUAUUCUGGCCAGAGCUCUGUUAAUACUGAGAACAUUCCCUAUUCUGCUGAAGCUGGAUACUUUGUGGCCAAGAUCAGGGCUGUUGACGCAGACUCUGGUUACAAUGCGCUGCUUUCUUAUCACAUCACUGAACCCAAGGGCAGCAGCCUCUUCCGAAUCGGAAGCAGCACCGGGGAAAUAAGGACUAAGAGGCGAAUGAGUGACAAUGACCUGAAGACUCAUCCAUUGGUGAUUUUGAUUUCUGACCACGGAGAACCUUCCCUCUCAGCGACUGUGUCUAUUGAUGUUGUAGUUGUUGAAGAUACGGGUGAAAUGCAAACAACGUUCAGACAGUUACCUGCGAAGGAGGAGACUUUCUCUGAUUUAAAUCUCUAUUUACUGAUCGGCAUUGUCUCUGUGUCAGUUAUAUUUUUGCUGAGCCUCAUUAGUUUAAUAGCUGUAAAGUGCCACAGGACUGAUGGCGGGUUGAGCAAGUACAGUGCCCCAGUGAUCACCACACACCCUGAUGGGAGCUGGUCUUACUCCAAAUCUACUCAGCAGUAUGACGUGUGUUUCAGCUCAGACACACUGAAGAGUGACGUUGUGGUUUUUCCUACGCCGUUUCCGCCUGCUGAUGCGGAUCUGAUUAGCAUUAAUGGAGCAGACACGUUGAAAAGGAAUCAAACUCUCCCCAACAGUCAGAAGGUAAGACGGCCAAUCGCUGUUUGUUUAAUCUAA